AUGUAUAGUAAAAAAUAUACAUCCUUUGUAAUAGUAUUGAUUUUAUCAUGUAUCAUUUCAACAUGUACAUCUAAUCAAAUUUCUGAAGAUGUGGGUAAAGCAAUUAAUCAAAAAUUAAAUGAAAAUAUUGAAAAAGUUGAAGAUGUAGUUGUACAAUUUGAGAAUGUUGCAAAUCAAGUUAUUGAAGAAUUAAAAGUUGAACAUCAAAGACAAGAAUUAUUAGGUGAAGUAAAACAUGAUUCAUUAAGAGACUCUGCAACAAAUUACAUUUGGGGAUUACUUGAUAAAAUUCAAAGUUAUUUACCAAAAGACAACAAUAAAGUUUCAAAAGUUGAAGAAGCAUUUUCAAGUGGCCAAAAUAAUAAUAUCGGUAGCAGUAUUGGUGAUUCAACUGGUGCUAGUACUUCCCCACAAUUCCAAAGUAUAAAUGGUUUAUCCGGAGCUUCACAAUCUAGUGGUAGUUCAACUGGUGGUACUGGUGAUAGUGAUUCAAAGACCACCAAUGAGGCAAUUAUCUUUUCAUCAAAGGUAUCAACUACUGACCGUCAAGAAAGUAUCAUUGGUCAAGUUGCUAUAACUGCUAAAGAUUCUUUGGGUGCAACUAUUACCGGAUUGGGUGGAGUAAGUUCAACUGCAAAAGUUGGUGGCCAAAUUACAAAUGGUAGAGCUCAAGGUCAAGUUAUCACUGGUGGUGAUAAUACUGGUACAGUUGGAAGAGGUGCAGUUACAACCGCAUCUUCUGUAGCUAAUACAGUUGGUGAAUUCCUUGGUGGAUCUAGAACUGGUGGUUCCUCAUCUGCUGGUACAGUCGGUAACGUAAUCUCUGAUUCUUAUACAUCAAUUGGUAAAAUUGCAUCUGGUAAUGGUAAUUCCCUUAGUGAGACCAUUGGUACCACUGGUGAUACAUUGGCUCAUACAUUCGCUGGUACAGAUUCAGUCGGUGUAACUGGUUUCCAUAUAAUUACAAAGACUUUUAAUUUGAUUGCUGGUGGUAAAUUUAACUCUGAUCAACAAUACAUUGAUAAAUCCUACGGUUCAAUUCCAUCACAAGAUAAUGAAGAAAUUAAAAAGAGAUUACAAAGUGCUCAUCAACAAUUACAAGAACAAUCACCUGCAAUCUAUCAAUCAAUGAAAUCUGAAGAUCUAAAAAAUUUAGAUGAUGAAGUAAUUCGUAAUACUCUUAAGGAAAUGCAAAUUCAACGUGAAAAUCAAGAUAUUGGUCAACAAAAUCAAGAAGAUAAAGAACAAUUAAUUGAUUUACAAAAUAGAGAACCUGGUUUAUACAAAAAUCAACAAGAUCUUAAACAAGAGAAAAGAGCCAAUCAACAAGAAUUAAUCAAUUAUGAAUUGAAUUUACAAGAAGAUCAAGAACAAUAUGAACUUUUAUUAGAUCAACUCUAUGAUGAACAACAACAACAACCACAAAAAGUUUCAAAUAAACAACAACUUCAAGAACAACAAAUUAAUUCACCCGAGGAUAUUCAAUAUCAAUUAAAUCAUUUAAAUCAACCAUUCCAAGAUGACUAUCAUAAUGAUCAAACUGAAGAAUUAAAAGAUGAUGAUUAUAAUUUUAAUGAUCAACAAAUUAACAAUGGUCAAUUUGAAAAUAAUGUUGAAGAAUUUCCUGAUUUAAAUGAUGCUAAUGAUAAUUUUGAACAAGUUAACAACAACAACAACAACAUCAAUAAUAAUAACAAUAACAACUUUAAAGUUGAUAAAUCAAAGAAAAGUGCUCAACAAGUUGAAAUUGCUUUAGAGAAUGAAAGACUUUAUCUUCAAGAAGUUGAAGAUGCUCCAGAGAGACUAUAUGAAGAAAUUCAUAAUUCCAAUUUGAAUAAAGCAGUUCAAGAGGCUGAAGAAAUUGAAAGACAACAAAAUGGUAAUGGUUCACCUGCUGUAAACUCUCAUAAGAUUGUAACUCAAAUGGGAAAUGUUGAAAAUAAUGAAAUUACCAAUGAACAAGAUGCCAUUGAACAAGCUCAACAUUUACAACGUAUUGAAAAUGGUGAAGAUAUCGAUGAGUAUGAAGCUGCCCAACAUGAAGUUGCCUUUUUAGAUGAAAAUGAACAAGAUGCUGCUAAAUUACAAAAUGAAAUGGACCAAUUAGAACUCUUACUUGAAGAGAAUGAAGAAGAACAAUUUUCAAAUAAAAAUUUACAACAACUUAAUGAGAAUGAAAAUCAACAACAACAACAAGGACAACAACAAGUUCAAGCAACAAAUGUUGAACAACAAAUCGUUGAACAACUUAAAGUUAUCAAAGAAUUUCAAAGACAAGAUCAACAAAAGAAACAAAAAAUUCAACAAGAGAACGAUGCUGUCUACUUGAGUGAUGUUGAAAAAGCUCAACUUGAAUUGGAUGCUGAAUUGGCUAAAAAUAAUAAACAAGAGAAUCAAGAUGAGAAUUUAGUUCAAGAGAAACAACAAUCUCCUGACCAAAUUAAAAAUCAAUUAAAAAAUAUUCAACAUGAACAACAAAUCCAAGAACAACAAGAUAAAUUAAAUCAAGAAAAAAAUCAACAAUUAUUAGAACAAGAACAAAAUCAAAAAUAA